GUGAUGUUGGCGCGAGAAGAAGACCGUCAGACGGCCGUCACAGAAUGGUAAAUCAAAUGGAGGAGGCAUCUUUGUUUAGUACCGGAAAAUUCGGUCGGUUCGGAGGAAUCUUCGUGCCCGAAACACUUGUCACUUGUCUGAACAAACUUGCUGAUGAGUUCAAUCUUGUUCUUCAUGACUCCCAUUUUCAGGCUGAGCUUGCAGUUGCGCUAAGAGAUUACGUGGGGCGUGAAACUCCUCUUUAUUUUGCUCAAAGGCUCACUAAUCAUUACAAGAACUGUAACGGACAAGGCCCGGAGAUUUAUCUCAAGAGGGAAGAUCUCAAUCACGGUGGAGCCCACAAGAUCAACAACGCCAUCGCUCAGGCGAUGCUCGCCAAACGCAUGGGCCGGAAAAGGGUGGUCGCCGCCACCGGCGCCGGCCAACACGGCGUCGCCACCGCCGCAGCUUGUGCGAAGCUUGACUUGGAUUGUACGAUAGUCAUGGGUGACGUGGAUAUGGAGAGACAGUCGUCCAACGUGCUCAUGAUGAAGCUCUUUGGUGCUCAGAUAACAUCCGUUCAAGGAACAUUCAAGGAUGCCACAUCAGAAGCAAUACGAAAAUGGGUGGAAGAUUUGGACAUAAGCUACUACUUGGCCGGAACGGCGGUGGGGCCCCACCCAUGUCCGACCAUAGUCCGACAAUUCCAAUCGAUAAUCGGAAAAGAAACAAGAAAACAGGCAAUGGAGAAGUGGGGCGGGAAGCCAGAUGUAGUAGUUGCAUGUGUGGGUAGUGGGUCCAACGCGCUAGGGAUUUUCCAUGAGUUCAUCGGAGACGAAGACGUCCGAUUGAUCGGAGUUGAGGCAGCCGGCGCCGGAAUAGAUAGCGGCAAACACUCAGCAACUAUGGCUAAAGGAGUAAUAGGGGUGUACCAUGGGGCCAUGAGCUAUUUAUUACAAGACGACGAAGGCCAAAUUAUUGGCCCGCAUUCAAUCGGUGUUGGAUUAGAAUACCCAGGGGUUAGCCCAGAACUGUGCUUUCUCAAAGACAUUGGCCGAGCAGAGUUUUACACGGUGACAGAUGAAGAAGCCCUAGAUGCGUAUGGUUUGGUGUGCAGAGUAGAAGGUAUAUGCCCAGCGCUGGAGGCAUCUCAUGCAUUGGCAUAUCUGGGAAAGCUUUGCGAGGGUUUGCCGAAUGGGACAAAGGUGGUGGUUAAUUGCAGUGGGGGUGGUAAUAAAGAUGCAAAGACAGUCUUAAACUAUCAACUGGAGAAACAAAUAGCCUCACACACUUGCACUAGUCACUAGCUGUAAUGAUACUCACACAACUAAUGUUGCUCUCGUAAAUAAAAUACUCGAUACGAUACAAUCUCAGUUUAGUCGUACUUUUAGCCGUUGGAUCAUCGGGAAUUCAGGAUUGGAUGGUGAUGGUAACUAAGUUAAA